AGAGAAACCAGUUUAUAAAACGAUUGGGCAAUUCAAGCGGAAUGUCAUUUGUACAGAGAUAGCUGACUAAGUGUGCUUGAUUAUUAUAAACAAUUCCGUUCACAAUUAUGGCUCAUUACAAAUAUGCUAUUUUUCUACUGCUUUUAUUAAGUAACGACUAUGGCGUUUUGGUAACUGCAUUUUCCAGUUACAUUUCUGCAUACGUGGUGUGUCCGGAAGGUGAAUUUGUGUUUCUGCCUGCUGAAAAUUGCAACCAAUUUUAUUUCUGCGCGGAUGGUGUACCAACUAAACUGUAUUGUGCUGAAGAACAAAAUUUCAAUCCAGAAAGUGGAAUGUGCGAGGACGAUUAUGAGUGCGAGACUGCUGAGGAAACACCCAACCCUGAUACAACCGAAGUCACUGGAACUACUUCGAUAAGUUCAUCAGUUUCUACCAGUUCUAAUCCGAUUACAACACCCGAUGGUUUUCUGCCGGUUUUAUUGCCGGAUGCCCCGUGCCCAUCAGAUGGAUAUGCUUUUAGAAUCCAUGCAACGUAUUGUAACCUUUUCUACUUUUGUAGGGAAGGAGAGGAAUCAUUACAGCAGUGUGCCUUUCUUCAUCGGUUUGACAUGUACCAGGGACGGUGUCUGUAUCGUGAGAAGGCAACCUGCUUUGCAGGCACCGAAAUGAUUUAUGAACAUUAAUUUUAAAUUAAUAUUGAAAAGAAGAAGAAUUCAUUUAGUGCAGUUUCAUAAAGUAUUCAAAUCUUACAACUGCAAUCUAUCAUGUCUUCUUGUAUUCAUUGUCCAUAUUUGCCCGUUUUUUAGAAAAGUAUAGAAAUCACUGCGAAAAACAUUGUCUCCCGGUUUUUCAAAUUCUUCAAUAAUAAAUUUCAUAGUGAUUAAACAGGUGGUUCAA